AUGAAAAAAAGCUUCGUCCGUCAAUUUACGAACCUAAUGUCUACUUCAAAACCGAAAGUUGUUGCCAACAAAUAUUUCACUUCUAACACGGCCAAAGAUGUCUGGUCACUGACCAAUGAGGCCGCUGCAAAAGCUACCAAUAACUCAAAGAACCAAGGUCGUGAACUAAUAAACUUGGGACAGGGCUUUUUUUCAUAUUCCCCUCCUCAAUUCGCUAUCAAGGAAGCUCAGAAAGCCUUAGAUAUUCCAUUAGUUAAUCAAUACUCUCCGACUAGAGGUCGGCCAUCAUUAAUUAACUCGUUGAUUAAAUUGUAUUCCCCCAUUUAUAAUACAGAAUUGAAAGCGGAAAAUGUUACCGUUACCACAGGUGCCAAUGAAGGUAUACUUUCUUGUUUGAUGGGGCUUUUGAAUGCUGGCGACGAAGUUAUUGUUUUUGAGCCAUUUUUUGACCAAUAUAUUCCUAAUAUUGAACUUUGUGGCGGUAAAGUCGUUUAUGUCCCCAUCAAUCCUCCGAAGGAAUUGGACCAAAGGAAUACCAAGGGUGAAGAAUGGACCAUUGACUUUGAACAAUUUGAAAAAGCAAUCACGUCCAAGACAAAAGCAGUCAUUAUCAAUACUCCUCACAACCCAAUUGGUAAAGUUUUCACCCGUGAGGAACUAACCACUUUAGGCAACAUUUGUGUUAAGCACAAUGUUGUGAUUAUUUCAGAUGAAGUCUAUGAGCACCUUUACUUCACUGAUUCUUUUACUAGAAUUGCUACACUCUCUCCAGAAAUUGGGCAAUUAACCUUGACCGUCGGUUCUGCUGGUAAGUCAUUUGCUGCUACUGGUUGGAGAAUUGGUUGGGUCUUAUCCUUGAACGCAGAGUUGUUGAGCUACGCAGCUAAGGCGCAUACAAGAAUUUGUUUUGCAUCUCCAUCCCCAUUACAGGAAGCAUGUGCAAACUCUAUCAACGAUGCUUUGAAAAUUGGGUACUUCGAAAAAAUGAGACUGGAAUACAUCAACAAAUUCAAGAUUUUUACAUCAAUUUUUGAUGAAUUGGGACUACCAUACACGGCUCCCGAGGGUACAUAUUUUGUCCUGGUUGAUUUCUCCAAAGUCAAAAUCCCUGAGGACUACCCAUAUCCAGAAGAGAUCUUGAAUAAGGGAAAAGAUUUCCGUAUUUCUCAUUGGUUAAUUAAUGAAUUAGGUGUGGUUGCCAUUCCUCCCACUGAAUUUUAUAUCAAAGAGCACGAAAAGGCUGCUGAGAAUUUAUUAAGGUUUGCAGUCUGUAAAGAUGAUUCUUAUCUAGAAAAGGCUGUGGAAAGAUUAAGACUACUCAAAGACUACUUAUAA